GUAAUUUAUAAACAAAAUAGGUGCCUACAUACUUUAUAAAGUUGCAACAUGGCAAAAGCAGUACAAAAACCGUUAGAUGAAGAUAUGAUAGCAUCAGCAGAAAGAUUCAAAAUGGAGGGAAAUGAAUUCUUUAAGACUAAAAACACGAAAAAGGCAAUGGGAAAGUAUCACAGGGCAAUUUUGCAACUGAAAGGAGUGGGGUCGGAUGAAAAGAUGGGUGCUCUCUUAGGAGCAGAUAUUCAACCAAAAAAGCUAUCAGCAGACAUGGAGGAAAAGUUUAUCAAAUUGAAAACGGAUUGCUAUAAUAACUUAGCGGCUUGUUUGCUUCAGGAGAAAGAGCCAAACUACAGCAAAAUAGUUGAAUAUUGUGAGGAGGUUCUUCUUGUUUCUCCAGUGAAUGCUAAAGCCCACCACAGGAAGGGUGUAGCCUUGUAUCACUUAACCAACUAUGAAGAAUCCAUGUCAUCACUUUUGAAGGCAGAUCAGUCAGAUUCAUCGACCAAAAAGUAUAUUCAGAUGUGCAAAAAAGAAAUAGAAAAACAGGACAUUAAACUCCAAGCUACUUAUAAAGCCAUGUUUGGUGGAUCAUCAAAAUCUAAAAGUGACAAUGUUAACAAUGUCAGCGUCAAUUCCGAUCAUUUAUCAUCAGGGGAUGCGCCAUCAAAUGGAAUCUCUGAUAUCAAUGAGACAAGCUGAAGUAUUGUGUACAUACGUGAUUAUUAUAAAAAAAUACUUGCUAUUCGGCUAUUUGCAAUACAUGUAUUUGGGACCAUUCCACCUUUUAUCAGGGUGAUGAUUGAACACUGUAUAAGUAAAUGUUGUUCAAGCCAAAGAUGUUUCUUUAGAAACUAUUUAUUCAGUCAUGUAAUUUGCAAAAGAAUUGUUUGAUGCUGUUGUCAAGUUUGAAAAAAAAAGAUCAAAGCAAGCUUGAAUUUCUAUGUCAUUUUAUUCAUAAAUAAAUAAAUGACAAUUUG